UGAUCUAGCCCACAGAACCUGAUUGCCCAGUCUCAGUCAGGUACUGGUAAAACAGCUGCCUUCGUCCUGGCCAUGCUCAGCCGAGUGGAACCAGCAGAGAGAUACCCCCAGUGUUUGUGCCUUUCCCCAACAUACGAGCUGGCUCUUCAAACGGGAAAAGUGAUUGAGCAGAUGGGCAAAUUUCAUCCAGAACUAAAGCUUGCUUAUGCUGUUCGAGGCAAUAAAUGUAAGUAUAAAGGGGUGAGACCUAAGCAGUUAAAUAUUUCUGUUAAAAAAAAAAAAAUACACUCUUCAGAUACCUUCAUUUCUCAAAUAUUUCCUUCUCUCCAGACCCGCAAAACAGCGAGCUGGCUGGCAGCAGAGCUCUCAAAAGAAGGCCACCAGGUGGCCCUGCUGAGUGGCGAAAUGAUGGUGGAGCAGAGGGCUGCGGUGAUCGAGCGCUUCCGAGAAGGCAAAGAGAAGGUGCUGGUGACCACCAACGUGUGUGCCCGCGGUAUUGAUGUCGAACAGGUUUCUGUUGUCAUCAACUUUGACCUCCCCGUGGACAAGGAUGGGAACCCGGACAACGAGACCUACCUGCACCGGAUCGGGCGCACGGGCCGCUUUGGCAAGAGGGGCCUGGCAGUGAACAUGGUUGACAGCAAGCACAGCAUGAACAUCCUCAACAGAAUCCAGGAGCAUUUUAAUAAGAAAAUAGAAAGAUUGGACACGGAUGAUUUGGACGAGAUUGAGAAGAUAGCCAACUGAGACGCUCCACCAGUCGCCAGUGCCCACCCCCGGCACUCCGCCUGCACGGGAGACCGGUGCUUUCACGGCACAGGCCUCGACAGUCACCACAAAGACAAAGGCAGAGGAGAGAGAAACUACCUACCUCAUUUUAAAUUACGUUUGGACUAGACAAAAAUUGUGCAACUGAUGGGGGAAGGUAGAAGGAAAAUUUUGCAUUUCGGAAAAUGUAGUCCUCCCCUGCUCCCACCCUUAAGCCAUGGGUUUUCCCCAUCUUUAUAAUAAUCUGGUCGCUAUGGAUAAUCGCUGAGCCUAGGAUCCCCUGCUUGUUUUGUUGCUGGGAUGAUAGGACCGACCUCCAGCCCCUGCAGAAACGGUCCAUGUAGAGUGUGGGAGAGGCUUCACAGCACCAGCAUGUGAGCCCCACUGCACGGAUGGAAUGUGGGGAGCAGCGGCAGAGACCCUUGGGCUCUCUCCCUUCUCGGGCCCUGACUGGAGACCUGCCACCAAUGUCUCUUGCCCUUGGGGCCAUCUUCCUUCUCCUAAAUCCAGAGAUGUUCCAGCUGAUCCCUUUUACCUCUGUUCUCUGUGCCAGAGGAUGUCCCUGUUUCUCUCUGGGUGAGCAUCUUGGGUACUUUUGUAAACCUCGGAUUUAGAGAGAAACGUGGAAGUCAGUGUAUCUUCAGAGGGAUUGGUCUGGCAAGGGUAGAUGAAUCCUUUGAGAAUCUGGGCCUUCCUGUUCCUGCAGUUCUGUGUUUGCUCAGGCACUGGGAGUCAGUCAUGGUGGCCAGGAGACACUGGGUGAGUUUCUGACACACACCUGGCCACGUGAGUUGGUUCUUAUCCGUGGGGUGUCACACUAUGCCUGGAGGCAGUCAGCAGAGUUUGGAAAGGAAGUUAUGACCAAGUGAAAACUCCGAUAGUGCUCUUUAUCUGUAAUAGUGGACCUGUUGGUUACUUUAAUUCAGAGGUCAUCUAUAUGAAUAAGGACAGAUAAAUUUGAGCUAUACCCAUCAUUCAUUAUGUUCAGAAAUUUUAAAGUAAUUAUGAAAGGCUUUACUAAUCAUGAUUCAUUUUUAUUUGUAUUUUUCUGCUAAUUAGACUAAUAUAUGCUCAUUAAAAAGGUGUGUGUGUAUGUAUAUAUACAUAUAUAAGGUGCAAGUGCUCUCUAUCCCCACCUCUCUGGAAUCACCAUUAGCAUUUUGGUGAACAUUUGAUAUAUUUCCUUCUGUUUACAUAUCCACUUUUUUACAAAAACGGUAAUAUUCUAUUCAGGCUUUUGUGCACCCUGCCUCUUUAUUUAGCAGCGUAUCUUGGACAUGUGACAUGUCCUGCACACAGGCCCACCUCACUCUUGGCAAUGGCACUGCUCUAGCAUUAGCUGCCCCAGCAUUUAGUUCAUGGCCCCUCUGGCGACAGGCAUGGAAGGUGGGCACGGUGCCACAGCGCGCAGCCUCACUCACCUCUGCCCUGUGAAAGUCACUGUAGGAUCUAUUCCUGGAGGUACAGGUGCUGAGUCAGACAGUGGAGAUCUUUAUGAUUUUAAUCCGUUCCCAGUUUACCCUGCCAAAAAGUUUUUACCAAUUUACAUUAUUAUAGUGACACAAAAAUACCUAUUUUCUUUCCUGCUUGCCAAUCCUCUAUAUUAUCAAUUUUUACAAAUUUGCCAGUUUGAGUAGCAAAAAAUAAAUGGCAUCAUUGCAUUUUGUAUUUAGUGAGCGUUGGCAAAUUUUCAGUUUAUUGGAUAUUUGUAUUUUGUCUUUCGGGGUGCUGCCCAUUCUUCCCUCAUCAUUUUACUAUUGGAUUAUCAGUCCUUAAUGAUUUUAAGCCACCACUAUUUUAAGGAAAUUAGACUUUAUCUUAAGUGGUGGAUGUUUUCCUAGCUUGUCUUUACAAAUUCAUUUUUCAUAACAUUACACGAAAGUUUAAUUUUAAUGUUACUCGGAUUUCAUUUUUAAGAAAUCUGGAUUUAUGUCAUGGCUAGAAAAGUUUUCCUCAUCCCAGUGUCAUAAACCCCAAUUUAUCCUGUACUCAUUCCAGUAUUAUAAAUUAAUUAUUCAUGUUUCCUGUAGUGGCAGUUCUUGGGGAGUAAAUUAUCUAAAUUCUUGUAGAUCUU